UUAUUUAUUAUCGAAAGAGUUAUAGAGGAUAAUGAGUUUUCCGGAGUUAGGUGUCGCGUGUGCCCAUUUUUUAUGCGACUUUUAAAAAAUGUACCCCUAUUUCGAGUCGGAUUGGAGCGUUUUGCCUCCAGAGGCCAACCGAAGAUUUAAUCCAGCCUUUAACAUGGCUACAAUCAAACAAGUCGUUAAUGAGGCUAUUGAAAGAGUUCGAAUGCCUACCCCUAUGCGACUGCGGGACCUAAUAAGGCAGAUUAGGGCAGCACGUACAGCGGCAGAAGAACGCAGUGUUGUCAAUAAAGAAUGUGCCUAUAUAAGGUCUACCUUUCGAGAAGAGGACUCAGUUUGGAGAUGUCGGAACAUAGCGAAACUGUUGUACAUACACAUGCUGGGCUAUCCGGCUCACUUCGGUCAAUUAGAAUGCUUGAAGCUUAUCGCCAGCACCAGGUUCACAGAUAAGAGGAUAGGAUACCUGGGCGCGAUGCUGCUGCUCGACGAACGACAGGACGUUCACUUGUUGAUAACGAACAGCCUCAAAAAUGAUUUGAAUUCCACCACGCAGUUUGUCGUGGGGUUGGCGCUCUGCACGUUGGGGGCGAUAGCCUCCCCGGAAAUGGCGAGAGAUCUAGCCGGGGAGGUGGAAAGGCUGAUGAAGUCCCCCAACGCCUACAUACGUAAGAAAGCCGCCCUGUGCGCUUUCCGUAUCAUCAAGAGGGUGCCUGAGCUGAUGGAAAUAUUCUUGCCCGCAACACGGAGUUUGCUGUCUGAGAAAAAUCACGGUGUGUUAAUUACUGGUGUAACUUUAAUAACGGAGAUGUGUGAAAAUAGUCCCGAUACGUUGAACCACUUCAAGAAGGAAGCGUCUCCUAAACACGAGAUAGUGCCAAACCUCGUACGUAUUCUAAAGAAUCUAAUAUUGGCGGGGUAUUCGCCGGAGCACGACGUAUCGGGAGUUAGCGAUCCGUUUCUGCAGGUUAAAAUACUGAAGUUACUGCGCGUCCUGGGUAUAAACGAUGUCGACGCUUCGGAGGCCAUGAACGACAUCCUGGCCCAGGUGGCGACCAAUACUGAAACGAGUAAGAACGUCGGCAACACCAUCUUAUAUGAAACAGUAUUAUCCAUCAUGGAUAUCAAAUCAGAAGGGGGAUUACGAGUUUUAGCCGUCAACAUUCUGGGUAGAUUCUUACUAAACAACGACAAGAACAUAAGAUACGUCGCAUUGAACACACUCCUCAGAACUGUUCACGUCGAUACCUCAGCAGUCCAACGUCACAGGUCUACGAUCUUGGAGUGCCUCAAGGAUCCGGACGUUUCGAUAAGGCGGAGAGCCAUGGAGCUGUCGUUCGCGUUGGUCAACACCCAGAACAUACGUACCAUGAUAAAGGAACUACUGACGUUUCUGGAGAAGUCCGACCCGGAAUUCAAGGCGCACUGUUCCAGCAGCAUCGUACUGGCCGCAGAGCGCUACUCCCCGAAUAAGAGGUGGCACCUGGACACCCUGCUCAAGGUUCUGGUGGCGGCGGGAAAUUACAUCAGGGAUGACGUCAUCAGCUCGACGAUACAACUGAUCUCCGAGAGCACCAACCAGCAGGCCUACGUGACCCUGCAGCUGUACCGGGCGCUGGCGGAUGACUUCCAGAACAGGCAGCCGUUGACGCAAGUGGCAGUAUGGGCGAUAGGCGAGUUUGGCGACGCCCUCGUCCAGGCUUCCUUGGAGGAGGAUCCCAACGGGAAACCUCCGACGGAGGACGAUGUCAUCGAUCUUUAUCAGAAGCUGUUGUGGUCCCCCCAGAAUACCGUCACGACCAAGCAGUACGCGCUGAUGAGUCUGACGAAGCUCAGCACGAGGUUCAGCAAUACCAACAAAAUUCAGCAGAUCAUAAGCUCGUUCUGUUCGAGCCUCCACGUGGAACUGCAACAGAGGGGCGUGGAGUUCUCUCAGUUAUUCGGCAAGUACUCCAAUCUGAGGCCCGCUCUGCUGGAGAGGAUGCCGCCGAUGGAGGUGGUCAGACAGUCGGAGUCGCAGGUUAACGGCGACAUCAGCGACAUAGAGACCAAGUCUGUCGGGGACAGUCCGCAGCACAUCACGAAUAACGAGUCGAAUGCACUGUUAGACUUGCUGGGGGGAACGGACGGCGGCCUAGACCUGGACAUAAUCGCGCCGAGCAGCCAGCCGACGCAGCCCGUCUCCACCAGCAACAACCAGGACCUGUUGGAUCUGCUGGGGCUGGACCCGUUGCCCAGCACCCCGAGCACGGAGCCGAGCAACAUGGGUCUCAUCAUCGAGAACAACAACAGCAACCUGCUGCCCGUCAUGAAUAACCAGAACUCGAAUUUCCUUUCGGGCGAUCUGUUCAACACGGAUAGGAUUAAUGAAAGGGACGUGCCUACCAUAACCGCCUACAACAAGGAGGGUCUGAAAAUUAUAUUUUCCUUAGAUAGGGUACCGGAUAGUAAUCAGUUGACGAUAAACAUGACUGCAACAAAUCAAACUCUUUCAAACAUGACUGAUUUCCUAUUCCAAGCAGCUGUUCCUAGGGCAUUCCAAAUACAGAUGUUAUCACCGUCGGGUUCCGUCAUGGCGCCCAACGGUCAAGUGACGCAAGUCUUACGAGUCAUGAAUCCUAGCAGGAACGUACUGAAAAUGAGAAUACGAAUUUCCUAUGCCAUCGACGGGAACCCCAUCCAGGACCAGACGGAGGUGAACAACUUCCCGACGGACAUCUGGGAUUGACGGAGAGGUUGCGGAUAAGGGACACUGCGUGGAUCCUCUCGUAUUGUUAAAUAUUUAUAAAUAUACAAGUCUAUUUUUUAUCGUAGACUUCCGUAUAAGUAAAAUUUAAUAUUUUCUAUAAUUAGAUUUAGUUAUUUUUUAGUGAGACUACACCCUGUAAAUAAUUUUAACAUUGAGUACUUAAUUACUAUUAAUGUGUUUUGCGUUAACGGUUAUUAUUGUUGUUGAUUUCUCCGCUAUCAGGAAGGCCCCAACAGCUGUCGUCGAGGGCGGGCAGCCCCCCGCGAACUGGUAUUUUUUUACUUUGUCGAUUGUAAUUUUAAAAUGUGAUCCUUACAUAAUCAUGCAUUGGUUAAGUUUUGUUUAAUGCUUGAUUUGUUAUACCAUGUUAUUUGCGUCCAUACUAUUAGAUCAAUAAAUUGUAAAUAAUUA